AUGAAUCCUUCCUCUAAUAGCCAUGAAAACUCAUCAAUGCAUCAGCUGGAGCAAGUUAAACAGCCCAGAGAAUCCACACUCGCUACUUAUAGUCGCAAAGGCAAUAAAAAGAAGGAUGUUGUUUCACUGGCUGAAGAUGUUGGUGCUGAUGCACCAAUUGUAGGUUAUGUUCCCACGGAGGAAGCAACAAUAGACGAAGACAUGAUUGCGAAAGACAAUAAUAACUCUUCAAUUGUAGAUGUUGUUUCCACAGAGGAAACCGAGAUGAACAUGGAAUUAGCAGUGGGCUGUGAAUUUUGUGUGACUGGUUAUCAUAAGGAGAUACCCUUGGCUGUGCUAAUGGGGGAACAAGAGACUACACACAAUUUCAUCAAUGAAUCACUAGCUGAUAAGUUAGGUUGUGAGACAGUUCCAAUCCAGCCUCAAACUGUUCGCUCAGAUUUGGGAGAAAUGGUGACUUCCAGACUAUGCAACAACUUUCAAUUGUCAAUGGAAGGGAUUGUGUUUAAUUUGAAAGUGUACUUAGUUCCAUUGCCGUCAAAACAUGACAUGAUUCUAGGAGGAGAAUGGCUAGAAUGCCUUGAAAAAAUUAUAAUUAGUUAUGAUGGUAUAGAGUUGUACUUACGGGAAGGAGAGAAAAAAUUCAUUCCUUUCAAAAAAUCAAUUAGAGGCCGAAAACGCAACCGUUUCUAA